AUGCCCGAUGGCAGAAGGGUGAAAUGCACAGAGGACAUUAUUUUGACGGAGGCGAAGAAGGACAUUAUUUUGAAGCAACUCCUCCCGGCAGCAAUUAAGAUGCACGCCGAGCGUCUGUCCGUGAAGCCUGUGGAAGAUACCAUCCGUAUGCCCAUGCCAGAUCAUGGUCUAGGGCCGUGCAGCAAUUUCACCAUCCCUUCCUGGCACCACACCAUCGGCGUGAGCGGCGCCGACAUGAUCCUCUACGUCGACGCUUUCCUAGGUAGGGAAUUCGUUGCAGUGGCGGAUGUAUGCGCCACUCUAAAGGACGGACGCCCGUGCGCUGGCGUCGUAAACUUCAACCCGCGGCACGUAAGGGCCACUGAUGAAGCUGUUCGUAUUACAACGCACGAGAUUGGGCACGCCCUUGGGUUUUCGUUCAAUCAGUUUUCAGAGUUCAAUAUGCUCUCCAAUGUCUCCAAUGUGCGCGGGAAGAAGGAGGUGUGGGUGGUUUCCUCACCGAAGGUGAAGGAGCUGGCAAGGAAGUACUAUAAUUGCUCCACACUUGAGGGCAUGGAGCUGGAUGGUGAGGCUAGUGAGGAGGCAAGCUUGAUCCACUGGAAUGAACGCAACACAAGGGGGGAGUUGAUGAGUCCUGGGAGCCGGAUCGCUUAUUACUCGGCAUUCACGCUUGCGGCAUUUGAGGACAUGGGUGUGUACAAGGCCAACUACGACAUGGCGGAGCCGUUGCAGUGGGGCAACAACUCUGGUUGCGGGCUGCUGGAAAAUAAGUGCUUGACCAAUGGCCGCACCGACUACCCUGAGUUGUUCUGCAGUACGUUCUGGAAUGACCACAGACUGCUCUGCACGUAUGACCGUCUUUCUCUGGGGACGUGUAACCUAAAGACUCAUCACCAGCCCCUUCAACUGCAGUUUCAGUACUUUGAUCAACCCACACAUGGAGGCGAAUCACAGUAUAUGGAGUUUUGUUCGUUUGUUAGGGAUCUUGAAGCGUCUGCGUGCACCAACGGUAACCCUAAUAAAUUCACUGGAAGCUUCAUUGGCCCGGGCUCACGGUGCGUAAAGGGAGAGGGGCUUCGUUUUGAUUACCAAGAGAUUGGCGAUGUGUGCGUGAACACGCAGUGCAGUGGGGGUAAGCUGAGGGUGCAGUUCCUUGGCGACGGUACGUGGCGCGACUGCAAUGAGGGUGACACGGUUGCGCCGUCGGGGGGCAAAUGGCGUGGAAGCAUCAGGUGCCCCAAAUAUGCCGACGUGUGCACAGCCGUCCCCAACACCUGGGCCCUCCCAAUACCAGUCGUUGCCCCGCCACUGGCGGAGGAGCCAAACCCUGCACAUACAAAUGAUGAAUCAGGCGGCACUCAUCCUGAUCCUGGUGCCUCGCCCUCAACGUAUCAGUCGCGCAAUACCAACCCGGAACGUAGCCCAACCAGCAUGCGUGGUGAGGUUACUCCGAACCCGUAUGGAAAAAGCAGCGUUGGAGGCAAUUGGAAUCACGGGGGGAAUGAAUUCGGAAUCGGUGACACUUCAGUUGCGGCUGCUGGCCUCAGUUACCUUGCGGUUCUCGCCGUGACCGUCGCUGUGGCGAUAGCGCCUCUCUGA